CAGCACGGCUACACGUAUUAUACCAGACAGACGGAUAAAUUUUGAAACGUGACGUUGCAGGGAUUUUUUGUGUAUUCACCUGCAUAUCGUAAAACAGACAUUUUGCUGUACAGAUAUUACAUUGAUGCCUUGAGACAGCCCCAAGCUUUUCGGGUAGUUAUGUGAUUUAUUGUUGAAAUGGCGGCUGAUAGCGAUGGUGAUUUACUUGAAACAGUGAUAACGUGUGAGGGUAAUAUCCGGGAUCCUGACUUUCCGCAUAAAUUUAAAGUCAUCGUAGAUCGCCUUAAAUUUCUUAUUUGUAAAGAUAAAGGACAAAUUUUUAAAGUAAAUAAAGUAGAACCAUGGAAUUCAGUAAGAGUAACUUUUUCAAUUCCCAAAGAAGCUGCUUUAAGACUGCGAGAACUUGCAGCCCAGGGUUCUACAACUCUCACACAACUUGGAAUACUUUCAGUUCAAGUAGAAGGGGAUCAAGUGAUAUCACUAAGGAUAGCUGGACGAUUUGGAGGAGAAGCUCAAGAAAUUGUAUUACAUUCAGGUUCAUCACAAGACAGUGGUAGCAAAACUCAAAGCGACUUCACCAAUAAUAUAUCUAAUAAAGAUAGUAAUACCACUUCUGUGCCUGGACCUAGUAAUACCUCUAAUAUAUCUUCAACUCUACGUAAUGUUGCUCACAUUAUUACGGCUGGUUCUUCUGAAAAAUCACCUCAAUUUCGUUCACCAAAUGUUGUCGCUCCGACAGACUGUGAUCCGAUCCCAUCUUUUCUCACCAAAACCGUUCAAUCAAACGCAGCUAGUGUUGUUGGCAAUAUCGCGCCUGGGGCGCAACAGGUGGCAAAUACGAGUGGUACCUCUCCAAGGACAAGUUAUAACGGACCCUUUCCCUUUGCUAGCAUGACCCAUGCAGCUCAAGCUAUACACAGUCGCGAGGUAUCCCAAGCCCAAGUAACCGGGAUAAAGGGUACAGUGCAAUUUAAACAUCAUACCCAACCACCACCGCCGUAUCCUGCUGCCCAGGAUGGGAUUGCAACGGUUACUUCACCCCAAGUUGUACACACAACACCACAGCCAGUAAAAAUAGUUGGUUCAAGUCAGUAUAAACCGACGAACAUCAUGACGUCUAGUCCAUCACUGAAUGGUAGUACUUCUUUAAUCACAAACCCGGUGAUUGGUGGUGGUUCUACUAGUGGUAAUCAAGUUGCCCUGUCGAGUCCACUUUUGGUAAAUCUUCUCCAAAAUGAUGGAACAAGCAGCAAUUGCAGCGGAAACUCUACUACCGUCCACAUCAAUAAUCAACAGCAAAAAAUGCUACCUCCGGCUGUUGAUGGUUCCAACAGCAUGACGAAUCGCAUGCGGCCGCAAAAAAAGCCAACGGUCAGGAGGAAAGACCUUGUGGUGUCACCGAGUGUCUCACCACCUAACCUCGACUCUCUUAGAACCGAAGAUCUUAUUGUGUCGACAACAGUGAUCGCGGAUCUCGGGCACGGACCCUCGGCUUUUGCCGCGGUGAAUGUAGCUCAAGCUUCAACAGUGCCUCAGCAGCAGCAGGCGGUCAUCCCGGCUGCGAUGCAUACGCAAGUACAAAUACAGCAAAAAUUCCCGGUGAGACAGGAAUUAGCUUAUAGGCCUACUGCUAUAGGGUCUGCUCAACAACCUCAAAUGCAAAGCCAACUGGCUACUAGGUUUCCGGUUAACGGUCAACAGGUGAGAGCACCCUUACAACAAAGACAACAAUUGCUUCUUCAACAACAACAGCCACAAAUCAAUCAACAAGUUUUAGCUACUCAACAGCAAAAUCAACAACAGAUAACUGGACAACAAAUUUUGCAAACUAAUGCUACAAGCAGUGGGCAGUUGUUGCAACAACAAAUUCUUCAACACACACCUGUAGGAAUAAAUAUAAAUCAACAAAGGUUGGCAUAUAUGGGAAUUCAACCGGGUCGACCAAUGCAAUCCUCGGUCAAUACAGCAUGUCAGCAAACACCUCCUCCAUAUCCUCGUUUUCAACAAGUACAACAGCAGCAACAAUUGAGUCAGUGUAUGAAUGUACAGCAACAGCUCCAUCACAACCAACUGAAAAAUAUAAAUGUUAACACGGGGGCAACGAAUGAUUUUCGCUACGGUCAGAGUCAAAAUAUAUUGAGCAGAAAUUAUCAAGGAGCGGUGGUAACGACGAUAACUACAUCAGCAGUAACCGCCGUACCAUCGACAACGAGCAUCAGCGGCGAAGUAAACGGGACCACGAGCGGCACAUCUUGGGCUGCUCAAAAUAUUUCCAUUUCGCAUAGUGCUCAAAUCAAUGCGGCUCAACGUAUGCCUAUGGUGACAACAGCGGCGACAGUGGGAACGACAACAGCUACGAGCCAAGCAACUUCUGGUGCCUUCUCGCAAAGCAGCAGUAAUUUAUGCCUGGGUACUACAAAUCAUAUGAGUGUAUUAACAACAGUAUCAGUAUCAACAUCGGUACCAAAAAUUGCAUCGGAAUUACAUGAAAAUAAUACUAAUGAUUCAUCUAAAACAGAAGCAGAACCACUCAAACCUGACUAUACAUCCUCUGGCAAACCUAGACAGUACCUUAUAAAUCCAUUAACAGGUUUACUAGAGCCGAUGCCUAGCGACACAUCAGAUUCGGAGCCAGAAAGUGCCCUCGAAACCCAAGACGAUUUCUUUUCUUUUCCCUCCCCUUCAAACGAUCGCUCUAAUUCGAUAUUCUCUGAUGAUGACGCAGACAGUAAUUUCUCGAGGAGGAAUGAGACGACUACCAAUACUGAUCAAUCAGACUCGGAAACGACUGCUAAAUCGACCGGAAGUGAGGGUAGUCUGAAACAUAAUAGGCUAAAAUCGAGUAGGGAUUCACAUAGUCCCAUGCCUACAGAGAAAAUCAAACUUAGGCUAAAAUUAGAAAAAUCCGAGCCAGUGAUGCCAGCUUACAAGGUUGAUGUUUCUUUCGUAAACACGCCGUCGAUGAGGAAAAUUGACAAGUCGACGAGCAAAUCGGUACUUACAAACAACGGGAGUCUUUCCAAUCCUAAUGUUGGAUCCAUCGGAACCAGUGGGAUUGCCACAUUAUCAACUUCGUCUACAACGGUAGUGGCGACAGUGUCAGCGGUGGCAGUGGCAGUGACAAUACCAGGAGGUACGAAUACUACAACAACAGCAAGUGGUAGUAGCGUGGCUUCGGGUGAAGAGCCUCGUGUACCACCGUUGCAUAUAUCGUUGCGAGGUCGAAAUGCUUCAGUCGUACAAAUCGGUAAAAAAGAAAAAAAAUUACUGAAAGAAUCGGAGCUCGAUUUAGCAACCAUGAAGCGCCGCGGUAAGCUCAAGAAAUUGAAGGAAGCUACCGAGAGCAACAAGCUGUUACAAAAAAAAUCUUUAAAUAUGAUUAUAGGUACUUCGUCCACCUCAAAAUUGCCUUUGUCAAAUUGCGCCUUGGUGAAUAGCGUUAACGCCUUGGCAAAGAUGAACAAUACGCUUCAAACCGUUAUGAACAAAUCUAAUGCCUUAAAACAAGAGAGUAGUAGCUAUUUAAGUGGAGGUAACAGUGGCAAUAAUAAUACAUUGUCGGCUGAUGCUGUACCACGAUUACAACAACAGCAACAGCAGCAACAACAACCAGUCGGAACGCCGAGUAAAGGCGGAAGUGAUGUCGAUGAUAUACCCUUAAAUAGUAGAAUACCAUCACCACUUAAGCAUAAAUCUUCCAUUUUUAAUCAACAAAUCGUGCAAAAUGUUCAGCAGCAUUUACACGUUGAAGCUGAUCUGCCUAAUCAUACAAGUGAACCUAAAAUUGGUGGAGGCAAAACAAAAAGAAGAGAUUCAAAGAAAAAGUCAGAAUCUGGCGAAGGCUUGCAUCGGGAGCAGAACUUACUAUCUGGCGGUCGUAUAUUGGAUAACCAAACUAAAUGGCGAAAACUAGGUUACAAAGGUGGCAAUGGUCCUGCCUCUAACCAAGCGUUGAAGAAGUCGGCAUUGGUUACUGGAGGAAUUGAAGGCUCGAUUGCUUCAUCUAGCAAUGAUCAUAAUGCGUCAAAGCGGGUGGGCGAAAUUAGACGGACAAGCGACGGCGAUAUUAAUACAGGUAGAACUGUUACUGAAAAGAGUGUUGCUAUUAUUGGUGUGAAACAACCAGAACCAAAUGGCGUGAGGAAGAAUUUAGUAAAUCAAGAGAAAAGAAGGAGAUUGAGCUUAGUGGACGAGAAAGAUCUUCAUUUACCAGAAUCUCAAAAUAUUGAAGUAUCGCAGAUGCCGGGUCAAAAAUCAACGUCAGAGCCUACUCAGCAAAAAACGAUGCUGUUCGGUGUACAGUCAACCGGAGCACAAAUUAAUUCUAAUUCAACCUUUGAUAACGACAAUGGUAGUAGCCUUAGUCCCACGCUGCCAAAGAUUUCGAAUUUAUCAUCAGAAACUAACAGUCCCAGUCUUGAUAGCAGAACAGCGGCAAUAUUUGUAGAAAGUUCGUCUUUCAUUUCGAAAACCAAUCAACUGCAAUCAACAAUGCCUAUAACGACGACGACGACGACGAUAACAACGAUGACAACGACGUUAAUGACACCAACGACAACAACUACAUCAGCAGUAAUAGCAGCUGCUGCGACAACGACAGCGAUGACAAUUUCAACGAGAACCCUGCUGACGAGCAAACAGUCAAAAACCGAAGUGGAUUUGAGCAGUAAAAUACAAAAUGUUAGCCAGAAGCUGAAGAACCAUGCGUUGAUGAUAAACGAUGUAAAUAAGCUGACAUCUGCUGCACUUCAGAUGAAAAAGCUCGCCCAGAAUCAUCAUGUUCUUAGCAAUAAAAGUAUUCUUGUACCAAAAAAGAUCGAAACGGUUCAACGUGUUAGUUUACUUAAAAGUAAUUCAGUGCUUGAUAAGCUUUCUGAGCAUACUAAUAAGCAAGAGCAGUCAGCUUCACUAGUAGUUGAACAAUUGACUGGAAGUGGGAAAGCAAUCUUGCCUAUUGGCGAAUUAAAUAUGAUCGAACCAAAGGUUAAGCAGAAGCUUCUCGAGAGUGCAGGUUUAACGAAUCCUAUGAGUUUGGUCGGGAUUGUUGAAACUAGUACAUGUAGUCCCAAUACGAUUGGUAAUGUGGGCGCUAAUAGUAGUGGCAACAUAAAUAGUAACAAUAGUAAUAGUAGUAACGCUGCCGGUGAGGACAGCGGUAUUGAGUCGAUGGAUGCUCUGUCAGAAAAAUCACCAAAUCAAGGUGAAUCGCCACUUCAUAGGCCUGCGGCUAGUCAUGAAACUGUUGGAACCAUGACGAUGACGAUGACGACAACGACAGCGACAGCGAUGACGACGAUGACUAUGACAAUGACAAUGAUAACAUCGACGAUGCCUAAAAGUAGCAGUUGCAUACAGCAGCAGAGGGAAACAUCGCCCCAUUCUCAACUGCAGACCACAAAUAAGAACAACGUGCCUUCCUCAACAAUUAGUAACAGAAAUAGUGAUAUGUGUUCAAAUUCGCGGAUUAGCAUGUCGGAAAAUAAGAUCGGCUAUGAAAAUUAUAUAAACGACGAUGUUGAUAAAAACAUGGUCUCAUCGAUACCCGAAUUGGUUAAGUCAAAAUUAGGAAGUGAAAAAGAGCUGAGUAGUAGUCCACUCUUGACGGCGCUCUCAACAACAAAAUCGGCUAUAAUUAAUACUAUUAACGCUGAUGAGUCUGAAUGCACGAUGAACGUUGAAGACUCGGCAUUAUUUUUUGUGAAUGCGAGCAUUAAGAGUGAAGUGCCGGUGAAAAUCGAGCCACCCAAUUUGAAUAAUAAAUGUGAUCAGGGUAGUAAUGUUGGUGGGGUCAGCGAUCAUAGUAUCAAAGCUGAGAUGUCUAGCAUUGAUGUAACGACGAUGGACGUUAAUGUUGAGAUCAACGCUAAGACCGUGUUAGACGAGAAAAUACCGUUUCUAGAGAGUGACAGUUUAAUGAGGUCAAGUGGCGAGGAGCAUCCGACUCCGAUCCGCGUACAAAGUAAUAAUAACAACAAUAAUAAUAUUAACAAUAAUAAUAACAACAAUAAUAGUAGUAAUAAUAAUAGUAAUAGUAAUAACAGUAAUACUAAUAGUAGUAGCAACGGUGUGCCUGUAAUCCAAAAUCAUGUCGCGUGUAAUAUGCUCAAGAUAGAGAAGACCGAGAUCAGCGAGGAACUUGGUACAAGUGGUAACAGCUCAGUGGUAACUAUGAAAGUUGAGCUAAAACCCACGGUUGAAUCCAAAAUCGAGGUACGCGAGGAGCCGAAGAUCGACGAUACGAGGCAACGGCAAGAAGAUAUCAGAUCCGAACGAACUUCAAUCCCAGAUCGGAGCCAAAAAUCUAAUAUACAAAACCAGCAGAUGCGGGAACUGGUGUCAAGCAUGCAGAAGAUUGGAGAAGAGCUCGUGAAAAAAGAAGCGGCCGAGGCAACCUGUGACCUGAAUAUACAAUCACCAUUGGCUGGUGACGAUCCUCAGCCAAUUCGCAUAACACCGCCUCUCUAUACCUACUCUAACCCAGUGGUGUUACAGAGGGAUGAGACGCCAAGUCCCGCACCCCGCACUCCCACCGAAAUCGAGCCUUCAGAAACUAUGGUGACUGCGGCAGAGCAUUUGAAACGUAAACGGCGACGAAAGCAGGAACUUGAGGGACGUCAAGACGUCAUCUGCCUUGAGGAAAACGAUGAGGCUGUUGGUCAAUUCAAUAGUGAUGAAUAUGGAGCGAAACAACGAGGGCCAGUUAAAUCACUCCUUGAACAGCUUCUAAUAGAAAUACCCAAUGAUUCCAGCAUCAGUAGCGAGAAGCGUUCCCUGAGAACGAGGUCACAGAAAACCUCUGGUCUCAACAGUCCUGAUAUUAAAGCAGUCAAGUGCAACCCCCAAGAGCGGCGCAGCAUCUCACCCUAUGCUAAAGCGAUUCCUAAAUUAGUAAACGCGACGACUAAAUUGUUGCCUGUCAUAUCGGCCAAUAUGACCAUCGCAACAGGUUCAGCAAUUAAAACCGCAGGCAAACGAAAGCGGCAGGAAAGUGAGAGCAGCGUUGCAUCAAAUAAUGAGGAGCAACAGCAACAGCCAGGUAAACGGAAAUGCUCGGAGAACGCUGCUGGACUUAUUAAGGCUUGCAUGGGUGUAGAUGAAAGCACUGGUGGUCCUGUUAAGAGACAACUCUCUACUGGCAAGGAUGAUACAUCUAAGAAGGGCUUCAACAUACUGUCCAAGAGUAAAAAAGUUCAAGGACCAAUGCUUGUGGAUAUAGAAUCAUCUGACGAUGAACAUUCAAUGGAUAUUUCUGGAAAAAUAAAAAUAAGAGCAGUGGAUGAAAUGUGCACCGGAUCUUCUAAAUCUAAAGAUCAAAGGAGCACAUCAAUCAGUACAACAUCCGUUGGGCAAUUACACUCCAGUCUGCAAAAUUACAAUCCAAGUAAUGUCCGUACUCAACGCGAAAGUAGACUGCUUACGAUUAAGCAGCCAAUAAGCGGCGGUUCGGCUACAGUGGUGAAGGAAAGGUUACGAGGCACCUCUGUUUCAAGUAAUGAGUCCAUCAGUUUGGGUGAGGUGACAACAAGGCGUUCAGUUCGGCAGAGCGCAGCCUCGCCUCUUGCCGCCCCUGCUGGUAACACGAGAGGUGCCUCACGCUCUAUGGAAGAUGUUAAUCGUCGGAAAACUCGAAGCGGAGCUGCCGUGACAGCCGAAACAGCAGAACAGGCGAAAAGGAGGCGAAUAUCCCGAGAUAUCAAAUGACCUUCGGAAAGCGACCUUGACAGUGAUUAGCUACCGUCGCUCGUCAAGGCCACUCUGUUUAAUCAUCUGUCUGCUAUCAAUGGCUAUGCUAUCAUCCUACGGCUGGAUUCCACCUGGUGAAUAUUUAUUAUGCAUCAUUCAAUGAACCGAUCAAUGUAAAAACAAUAAUGGUGCUAAACAUAUUUCCUGUUGGACGACUAGCUGACGAGGGAGUGCCCUAAGGACAAAAGAUUGUUAGAAUUGUGCUUUAAUAACUUUCUAUUUUCUUUAUUGUAACAUUUCUUUUUUAUAUUUUUUCGAUUGAUAGCAACUUAAGGGUUUUGACAGGUAGAUCGAUGAAAAUUUUCCUAACAUCCCAGUGAUUGUUAGUAAUAGAAUUAAAAAGAUAAUUUUUUUAUUUUUUAUUUUUUUAUUUUAUUGAUGAUGUUAAGUUAUUAGAGUUUAUAACGUAUGUUUAAAACUAUGAUAAAUUAAAUAACUGACUAGCUUUCCUUGGUUCUCUUAUAAUGUUAUUGAAAAAUAUUUUCGCUUGUGUUUACCUGAAUGUCUUGAUUGAAUUAUUCGUUAUCUUUUGAGACAUUAUAAUUUUUAUAA